UUAACAAGUGACAUCAUUAAGGGAUCAUAGCUUUCACCUGGAUUCACCUGGUCAGUCUUUGUCAUGGAAAGAACAGGUGUUCAUAAUGUUUUGUUUACUCGGUGUAUAAACACAACAUAGGUAUUUAUGUAAAACAAGUGAAUUUACUGUGUGUCCAUGGUCUUAUACUUCAGCGAGAGCCGGUGGUGCGUGUGUUCAGUGCCGUGACGGGGGAGACCCUCUCAGUCUUGGGCACUGUGUUUCUCCUGAGUACGUCUGUGGCCAGGCUCAUGACCCUGGUGUCCCAGCAGUGUGGGCUUCCCGUCAGUUCCUUCAGACUGAGCUCUCCCACCGGCCUGCAACUCUACGACUGCAACCGGCUGCAUGACUACGCCAUUGACCUGGGGGCUACUCUACGGUUGGACACCUGGGAUGGGUGGGCGGAGUUCCUCAGAGGCUGCUUCCUGGGACACAGACUGACCGUCCAACGACACCUGUCUAGGGAGAGACCUGUGAUGAGGUUCCAGCUCCGGGUGGCACUCUACAUCGCUGCUUCUCUGGGCCACCUGGACCUGGCCGGCUGGCUGCUGGAGAGGGGGGUGCGUGUCAUUGAGCCGGUGGGGGUUCACCCUUACCGUGAGUGGUGCCACCAGACGGCCCACCCCGACGUCGCCAAGUCUCCCGCUGUCACCUACAUCGAGCGCGGCCAGCUCACCAUCCUCAAACUCUUUAUCGCCAGCAGCGUUCUGACCCUUGCCUGUCGGGAUCCCCAGGGUCGUGACCCCCUGAGGAUCGCCCUUCAGUACGGCCACAGGGAGUGUGUGCGUCACCUGGCCACCAAGCUGUGCUCUGUGGUGGUCCUCCCAGGUAUGGCCCUGCCCAUGCGGACAUACCUCCAGAUAAAGGGCUGGGUGAGGCUGGGGCAGAGGAGGGCAGCAUCCAGGCACUGCAUGGGCCUCAACAGGGCUCCGUUCAGGACCAGGGUGGGCGACACGGUCCUGGUGGACGGCUUCACCCUCCCCAAGAUGUCCUCCAAGCCCAGGAGGAGUGAGGCCAAGGCGGGUAUCAGGGUGAUGUCCACAGCCUCUCGACGUUUGACCCCCAUCAACUGCCCAUCUCAUGUAUCCUGCCCGCUCCGCGCCCUGGCAUCCCAGGAUAAACCUCUUCAACUACCGAAGCUACACCCUGUGGCCACGAGGGAUGAAAGAGAGAAGAAGAGGGGAUGUGGAGGGAAGGGAUGUGAGGAGGAUGAGAGUGGGGAUCAGAACAGCAACCAAUGGAGGAGCAGAGUCCCGCUCCCGCCCAUUUCCAGAGACACCAAUCUCAGACCUGUGUUUGCCUCGCCAAACUCCGCCCAGAUACUCACCACCUCACUGGAGGCCUUUUCUCUCCACUGCGACCGCACACCCAGAGAAAACGCCAUAUACUGUUUGGCCUUGGCCAGUGCCUUCACACAGAGACCAUGGUUGCAGCAGCUGAAUGUAGCGCGGACUCUGGCCAGGAGGAGUGCUCAGCACAUUGGGUAGACACCAGGAUCCUGGUCAUUAGGCAGAUUAAACAUACUGAAACAAGGAGGGACAACCUGGAAUUGUCCAAAAAGGAACUCUUAUUUGAGUUUUUAUUUUUUACAGUGAACAAGAUGAGACUUUGGAACGGAUGAUGCCUGAAACAAUGCGGACGACUUAGAAUUUCGUUCCUUUGGAUGAGGCUUAUAGAUAUAGUCAGUACUGUGUUUGAUUUGUGUGCAGAAAGUUUACAACGGCAGGCAGUGGAUUCUCAGUCAUUCCUUUUCUCAAGUAACAAAAAAACGUAUCGUAUUUCACUGGCUAUUUGUAGUAGCCAAAUGUGAAUGGAAUUAUUAUUAUUCUAGAAUCAUUCAGUUGACUGAAUGUGACUAUGUGGUUGUGCUGUAUGUGAUUGUACUGAAUGUGACUAUGUGGUUGUGCUGUAUGUGAUUGUACUGAAUGUGACUAUGUGGUUGUGCUGUAUGUGAUUGUACUGAAUGUGACUAUGUGGUUGUGCUGUAUGUGAUUGUACUGAAUGUGACUAUGUGCUGUAUGUGAUUGUACUGAAUGUGACUAUGUGGUUGUGCUGUAUGUGAUUGUACUGAAUGUGACUAUGUGGUUGUGCUGUAUGUGAUUGUACUGAAUGUGACUAUGUGGUUGUGCUGUAUGUGAUUGUACUGAAUGUGACUAUGUGGUUGUGCUGUAUGUGAUUGUACUGAAUGUGGUUGUACUGUACGUGAUUGUAAGUGUUUGACAUGGGUCUAAUUGAGGCUCCAACCCCCUGCCUUAAAACUCUUUUAUUAAGAUGUGGAUCAUUAUUGCUCAUAUGAGUCUGUGCAGUGUCAAAAUAAUACAUACUGUAUUUCACAGAGUACUUGACAAACUCUUUAUUUACGUUACAAAACUGACAACUACUGUAACGAUGUGUUAGCACAGCAUGUGUCAUCAUUCCCCUGCAGUGUGUGGAUUUACACAGCAACAUAGCAGACAGCUUAAAUAGUUUAUUUUUAUUUAACCUUUAUUUCACUAGACAAGUCAGUUAAGAACAAAUUCUUAUUUACAAUGAUGGCCAAACCCGGACGACGCUGGGACAAUUAUGCGGCACCCUAUGGGACUCCCAAUCACUUGGGAGUGGGAAGGAUACCAAAUCCAAUAUCACACACUUCUUCCUUAGUAUUCUGAGAACUGUCAGAUAGCUGUGAGAGCUAUGAGUGGAUCGUGGACCCAUGCAUAAAUGAUAACUUUGCUGUAACUCAGUGGGGCAAGUAGAACAUCCGGGUUAGUGUAUGUGCAUUAUCUUGUCAGUUGAUUGUCUUUGUCUCAAAGCCUUUCCAUUUCUGGGGUAUUGAAGAAGCUUCUGAUCUCAACCUUCUUGACAGGUACGAAACACUUGGUUAGUGUUUGUGUCUUAUCCAAUGGGUUGUCAGGUGAACGUUGAAGAUGCUUCUUGGAGGUGAUCUAAUGAUGUCAUUGAAUCGCUGUCAUUGAGUUGCUCACUGGACAAGACAAUUAUUCACUGAAAAUUAAAUCUGUCUUUCAUUUCA